AUGGCCCGAGUGAUUACCUUUGCGACGCUUCUCAUCGUCUCUCUGGUCUCCGUCGCCUUCUGUCCACCUGCUGAUGCGGCCACGGAGGUGCUGAGGCCUAGAGGAGUGCCUUUGUCGAAAAAAUCUUUUUAUGACCCGGGCAAAGAUUUUCAGUGUCUCGACGGCUCUGCGACCAUUCCCUUUAUGCUGGUUAACGAUGAUUAUUGUGACUGUGAUGAUGGGACUGACGAACCAGGAACGAGCGCCUGUUCUAAUGGACUGUUUCACUGCUCAAACAUUGGCUACAUCGAGAAGAUUAUCCCGUCUUCUCGGGUCAAUGAUGGAAUUUGCGACUGUUGUGACGCCGGAGAUGAGUACAGCAGCUCGGCAAACUGUCCAAACAACUGCAUGGAGCUGGGCGAGCAAAUGCGCGAAGAACGGGAACGGUACCUCGAGCUGCUCAAAGCGGGCAAUGAAAUUCGCCAGCGGUACAUCGAAGAAGCCAAGCAAAAACUGGGCGAAACGAAGCAGGAACUUGAAACACUGCGAUCUCAACUAACUGAAGCGGAAGAGCAAAAGAAUGCAAAGAAUGAGGUCAAAACUAAAGCCGAAGAACUGGAAAAGGAGGCCCUCGACAAGCACCGUGCCGAAGAGGACAAACUUCGAAAGCAGCGCGAAGAAGAGGAACAAGUGCACAGAGAGGCGGCUGAGAACAGCUACGCCCUUAGCGUUUUCAAGAAGCUGGACGCCAAUGCCGACGGCGUAGUGUCUUACGAUGAGCUGAAGGCAUUCCCUCACUUUGACCAGGACAACAACGCCGAAGUCAGCGACGACGAGGCUAAGUUUUUCCUCAACGCCGCCAAUCAACUUGGCGAAUCAGAGUUUAUCGAAUCGAGCUGGCCCCUGGUGAAGCCCGCUUGGGAGAGUCGCAAG